AUGGCCCCCUUUGAGUGGCGAGUCGUGGUCAUCCUACUGGUGAAAACAGCCCUGGCCCGCUGCGAGCAUCAGUACAGGCCAAAGCCCGACCACAAGUCAGUCUCCGUUGUAGACCUUGUCGAGAGCAAAAACACGCGGUACGACCCGUCGCCAGCCGACCUGGACAUCGGGAGACUGAUGAUGAAGCUCGGACGCUUCCUGGACACGCAGUACAUGGGCAUCGAGCAGCCGCCUGCCGCCGGCGACGUCAACCACACCACCUGGAAGCUGCCAUUCAAGGUGAAGCCGAACGGCCGGCUGAAGCUGACCUCCCGGCUGCCGGCCAGCCUGCGCCGUCUCCGCCUCGACAGGCUGUCGCUUCCCAACGGCACCACGCGGCGGGUCCGGCUGUCGCGGCGCGUGCAGCGCAAGAUGCUCAAGUACCUGCACGUGUACACGCACUGUGCUGUGCGCCACCGGUGGAAGGACCUGGGAGUGCGCUUCUGGCCGCGCUGGGUGCGCACGGGCCUGUGCGACACGGCCCGCUCCUGCUCCGUGCCGUGUCACCUGUCAUCUGUUGACGCCGAGUGCGCUACCCACAUCGAUGUUAUUUAUUCCUCGUCGUGCCCGUUGGGAGCGUGCCGCGACCAUCGGCUGUGA